AUGCUUUUCGUUCCAGAAGGUGGUCAAGUGAAGUGCUUUUGCGAUCGCGAUUCAUGCGACGACAAUCUUCUAUGUCAAGGUGAUUACUGCUUCAUUGGGCUGAGACGUGAGGAUGGUGGAGAUACGCCGAAAUUGCGCCAACACUGCGGAUCGGCUGGCGAAAUACCGUACUUGAGUGGUGGUAACGCUCACUGCGAGGAACGAAUUGACAAUUGGCAGGAGGUGUGCAAAUGUGAAGAGGACUUUUGUAAUACGUUUGCGUACCUUCGAUCGUCCAUUGAUUCGCGACAAGACCGACGAGAUGUGGUGCAAUUCACAAAACAGGAUGCACCGUAUCCUCCUGUUCAAAGUAGACCGGUCCUUCAGGCUUCACAGCAUACGGAGGGGAAACAUUGCAUCGGCGUUGCUUGA